CCACUUGCUUCCUCGUCUGGGAGAUCUGGCUGCAGCCAAAGGGAUUCCUGACGGCGACCCCUCGCAGCUUUAUCUUCUCCCUCAGCCGGGUUCGUCAGCUUCACCAUCCAUCGGGCGAGACCCCCUGAAAGCCCGAAACAGACACGAUGCUGGUCCUCCCCGGUUCGGCCGCGUUCUCCCCCUUCCGGGAAAGCAAGUUGCUCAGCGACAUCCAGGUGCUUUCUCCCAGCGUCAAAGCGAUUUCUGGCUUCCACGUCCACUUCGUCCGCACCUCCGAAGCGUACUCGCACCUAUCGACGGAAAAGGCCAUUGAGGUCCAGGCAACUCUUGAGGCCUUGCUACGCUACGGCUCGAUUGAUGCCAACACUUUUACGCCAGCUGAGCAGAAAUGGUUGAGCAGUUUGGCUACAAAAGGGCACGCUGGCGCCGACGCCGACCCUACACGUCCAGAGCUGUUGAUUGUUCUGCCACGACCCGGUACCAUUUCACCCUGGUCCUCUAAGGCGACGGAUAUUGCCCGGACUUGUGGUUUGGGUCAUCUUGUGGGGAGAGUUGAGCGCGGACUGGCUCUGUUUGUCGAAGUCGAUGGUGGAAAACUCACGGAUGCAGACGCACAGCAGUUUGCUCACCACAUUCACGAUCGGAUGACGCAAACCGUAGUCCGCGGAAUUCCCACUGAGGCCGAGCUCUUCAAGACAGGAGAUCCUGCGCCUCUGAAAUCAGUCGAUCUGCUUGCGGCUGCGAAGUUUGGUGCUGACCCUCGUCAAGUGCUCGCGAAGGCGAACAAGGAAUGGGGACUUGCGCUUGCGGAGGAUGAGAUCGAAUAUCUCGUUCAGGCGUUUCUCCAUCCUCCUGCUGGGCAAGCAGCUCGAAACCCGACGGAUGUUGAACUUAUGAUGUUUGCCCAAGUGAACUCUGAACACUGUCGCCACAAGAUUUUCGGUGCGUCAUGGACUAUCGAUGGUCGAGACCGUGAUAACUCGCUAUUUGGUAUGAUUAAGAACACAUUCAAGUUGCACCCCGAGUACAUCAUUUCUGCGUAUUCCGACAAUGCGGCCGUCAUGGAAGGAGCUACGGGGAUGAGGUGGGCGGCGGAUCCCGCCAAGCACUACAAAUACGGACCUACUACGGAGGCCCUGCAUUACCUCGCGAAAGUGGAGACUCACAAUCAUCCAACCGCCGUCUCUCCAUUCCCCGGAGCCUCUACAGGCUCCGGUGGCGAGAUUCGAGAUGAAGGUGCUGUAGGCCAGGGGUCCAAGCCGAGGGCUGGGCUGACCGGAUUCACCGUCUCGAACUUGCGAAUUCCGGGAUUAGUCCGGCCCUGGGAAGAGCUGGAAGAUAUUGGACGACCUGGACACAUCGCGUCUGCUCUAGACAUCAUGAUCCAAGCUCCUCUGGGCGGGGCGGCGUUCAACAACGAGUUCGGACGCCCCAAUUUGACCGGAUAUUUCAGAACGUUCGAGGAGCGUGUGCCAACGACAAACGGAGGAUCUGAGGUUCGAGGUUAUCACAAGCCCAUCAUGAUCGCCGGAGGCGUUGGUGCCGUGCGUCCCAUGCACGUCUUCAAGAAAAAAAUUCAACCCGGCGCGAAACUAAUUGUUUUGGGCGGACCAUCGAUGCUUAUUGGUCUGGGAGGAGGUGCCGCAUCGUCCAUGAGCUCAGGCGCCAGUUCGGCCGAACUGGAUUUUGCCUCAGUCCAGCGAGACAACCCGGAAAUGGAACGCCGCGCUCAGUCCGUCAUUGAUGUUUGCACAGCAUUCGGAGAUAAUACUCCCAUCGUUGCAAUUCACGACGUCGGCGCAGGAGGACUCUCCAAUGCGCUCCCGGAGAUCGUUCACGAUUCGGACCUUGGCGCCGUGUUCCAGCUUCGUGAUGUGCCAUGCGAUGACCCUCGCAUGAGCCCGAUGGAGAUUUGGUGCAACGAGUCGCAGGAACGAUACGUUCUAGCUGUUCAGCCGGAGGACUUGGAGAGGUUCAAGUACAUCUGCGAGCGCGAGAGGUGCCCGUUUGCCGUUGUUGGUGUAGCUACUGCCGAAAAGCGCUUGGUGCUCGAGGAUUCGCUACUCAAGACGACCUCGAUUGAUCUCCCCAUGUCUACUCUGUUCGGAAAGCCGCCUAAAAUGCAUCGGACUUCCGAAACCGUGAAAGCUGAGCGUCAUGCCUUCAGCCUUCCGUUGGGUGCGUCUCUCGAGGACGCUGCGGCGCGGAUCCUAACUCUUCCCGCCGUCGCUUCCAAAUCCUUCCUCAUCACGAUCGGAGAUCGUACUGUGACCGGACUUGUCGCCCGAGACCAGAUGGUUGGACCAUGGCAAGUGCCUGUUGCCGACGUUGCCGUCUCCUUCGCCUCAUAUGAAGGUUACAAAGGUGAAGCGAUGGCCAUGGGAGAACGCACCCCUGCUGCUCUCAUCAACCCCGCCGCAUCUGCUCGUAUGGCAGUCGCUGAAUCUUUGACGAAUCUCGCUGCUGCGAAUGUGGAGGACCUGAAGACUGUGCGAUUGAGUGCAAACUGGAUGUCCGCCGCCGAUCACCCGGGAGAGGGAGUGGCCCUUUAUGACGCCGUACAAGCUGUUGGCUUGGACAUUUGCCCGAAAUUGGGAUUGACCAUUCCCGUGGGCAAGGACUCGAUGUCCAUGAAGACAAAGUGGACCGACUCGAAGGGUGAACAGAAAGCGGUCACGUCACCGCUGAGUUUGAUCAUCACCGCGUAUGGACCUGUGGAAGAUGUGCGGAGAACGCUCACACCUCAACUGCGUGCAAACGAGGGCAAGACGACCCUUCUCCUCAUCGAUCUCGGUCUCGGGAAAGAGCGCUUGGGUGGAAGCUGUUUGACCCAGGUUUACAACCAGAUUGGCACCGACACACCGGACGUGGAGAGCACUGACGCUUUGAAGGCCUUCUGGAACGCAAUUCAAGCGACUCGCAAGGAGGGGCUGUUGCUUGCCUACCACGACCGUUCCGACGGUGGUUUGUUUGCCACCAUCACUGAAAUGUGCUUUGCUGGACACGUCGGUGCCAAAAUCGAUCUGUCACCACUUGCGGGAGCUGACCCCACCGCUGCGCUCUUUAACGAAGAGCUUGGAGCCGUGGUGCAAGUCCGCACAAAAGAUGUCGACCGCGUCCGUCAGGCCUUCGAGUCUGCGAGUUAUCCUAGCCAACACUUGCACAUCAUUGGAUCCGUUGGCGCCGCUGGAUCGGACAAGAUCAGCUUCGCAUGGGGCACCACGGUUCGUUUGUCCGGAUCGAGGAAGGAGUAUCACAGGAAAUGGGCGGAAACUUCCUUUAGGUUGCAGUCGUUGCGUGACAAUUCAAGCUGCGCUCAGGCCGAGUACGACACACUCCUUGACGUGAAGGACCCUGGGUUGAAGGCGCAGCUUACCUAUGACCCGAACGAAGACAUCACCACCGCCAUCCUCAAGACGCCAUCGAGCCUGCCAACGCCAAAGGUGGCCGUGCUGCGUGAACAAGGUGUCAACAGUUUCGGCGAAAUGUCCUUCGCCUUCUACAAGGCCGGUUUCGAACCUGUCGAUGUUCACAUGACUGACAUCCUCAGUGGUCGCGUCGAACUGCGCGGGUUCACCGGACUGGCGUGCCCAGGAGGAUUCAGUUACGGAGACGUCCUAGGAGCUGGCGCCGGAUGGGCCAAGAGCAUCUUGCUCAACAAACGUGCACGGCACAUGUUCACCGACUUUUUCCAACGCGAAGACACCUUCACAUUGGGUAUCUGCAACGGCUGCCAGAUGCUGUCCGUCCUCAAGCCCUUGAUCCCCGGUGCUGGCCACUGGCCCGCGUUCAUCCGCAAUCGCAGCGAACAAUUCGAGGCCCGCGUCGCCACCGUGGAAGUGCUCGACUCCCCCUCCAUAUUCCUCAAAGGCAUGACGGGAUCCCGCAUCCCCAUCGCUGUCGCUCAUGGCGAAGGCCGCGCCGAGUUCGUCGGUGGAGAAGCGCAAAGCGCGGCUGCGAUCGCCGAUAAAACCAUCGCGCUACGUUUCGUCGAUAACUACGGCAAGCCUGCAGACGUGGAACACUACCCCUUCAACCCCAACGGAAGCGCCGGUGGCAUCACUGGUGUGUGCUCGCUGGACGGUCGAGUACUGGCGCUGAUGCCCCACCCUGAACGUGUAGUCCGGUCGUGGGCAAACACGUGGGGUAUUGAUAAAGAUACCGCGCCUGGCUGGGAAAGCAACGAGUGGGGCGGAUGGAUGAGGCUGUUCUGGAAUGCACGGGCGUGGGUCGAGGAGGUCCGGACAAAAAGGAUCUGAGGCUCGGGGCGAGCGAAUUCAUUUGCCAACCCAUCGACCAUCGAAGUUUCGGCCGAAUGUGAUUUAAUCUAUUCCAACAUCCCCGCCUUAUGGAACAAUUGUACAUUUACACAGAGUCUUUAUAUAUCGCAUCGUUUUCUCCAUGCUGCUGCACCUCGAAUCCCAUUCUCUGUUUGUGAUUUUUGAUUUGUUCCACUAAGGCUUGGCUGGGUCCACAGGGCUCACAAGUCA